AACAAAAGUCAAGACACCUUUUUUCUUUCCUUGUAUACUUGUGCUUCAUGUAGAAACUCAACAACCACCCCCCCAUCCCCCAACAAAACACACUAGUUUGAGGAGCGUAGAGAAAGAAGAGACCCACACUUCUCUAGAGCGUAGUGAAAGGGAAAAUGGUAGCAAGAAGCCCACCAAAGUUGCAGCUCUACAAGAAAAUGGUGUUGCCUCCUCCUCUUAACCCCAUUCUUCUUAGAGAAACUCUUAACAAGGUGGACAAGUGUAUGGCUCGAUUGCAAGAGCUUCAGUACACAGUUACAGGUGGUAAUAAGGUUAUUUCUGGUGUAACUCUCAGUCCUCGUAGCACCAGAGGCUAUUUGAAGACUAGCCUCAGAUGCAAACAAGAAUCUUUGAGGAUCAGGAAUGCUGCUUCCCGUAAAUCUCCUCCACGGAAAUUGCCCACAAAUGCAGGGGAAUGGCGGCGAAUGUCAUUACCAGCAAUGCUUCUGGGAGAGACAGUGGCUGAAAUUAAACAGGCAAGUCAAUUUGCUAGAGAAAUAGUGGAAGCAGUAGGUUCCAAGGGGACAAAACCAGACCCUAAAACUCCACUCACAAUCAGGAAAAAACAGAAGCCAAGCCCCGAAAACUCUGAGCUCCGAUCACGUAGAAAGAGAGAGAAACAGGUAACCUUGCAAACAAUGAGGUCCGAGUCCGAUACACCAUCGAAACAGCAACGAGCAAAAUCGCGAAUAAACUUCAAGGUUUCUCCAAUGCAGAAGGGGGAAUGUGAGAAAGAAGAUUGCAAGUACAUUGCGAAUAGAGUGUCCCCAAGGAAUAGGCCAUGGGUGAAAAAGACUGUUCUUUUCCCAAACCCAUUAUUUCAUUCAUCACCAAUUUCACAGCAGCAGAAACUCGCCAAAACAAAGUCUCCGGUGAUUGCAAGAAAUCGACAAACACCCCAUAAGUUCUUGGUAAAGUCCCCGCUCAAGGCCUCAACACUUCAAGUGAAAAACAGAAGCCCUCAAAAACCUUUUGUAUCUUCUCCUACCAGAGUAACAAGUUUGAGCACUAAGUUGUUGGUGAAGUCCCCGCCUAAAGCCUCUAAGUUUCAAGUGAAAAUCAGGAGUCCUCCAAAAUUUUCGACAUCUCCUACUAGAGCAACAAGUUUGAGCAAGAGGUCUCCAAAGAUGUCUACAGCUGCCAAAUUGAGAAGGUCAUUUUCUCCAUCGAGAUUGGCAAACAAGCUAGCUUCUUCACCCUCCAAAUUGAGGUCAUUUUCGCCAUCAAGAUUGGCAAGUAGGUUAGCUUCACCGUUAAAGAGCAAAAAAUCUGUACAGAAGAUUGACGGGAUGAAGAUGAUGAUGAGCGGACUCAAACAGAGACCACGAGCUUCAACCACAUCAAUGCAAUUCUGAGUUCAAGGAAUGUAAAUGAGUGUGAUCAUUGUUUGUUCUUGAAAUUUGAGGGAUUCUUUAAAGUUGAAGAUAUUUUCUCAAUGUCCUUGUUAAAAUCGUACAUCAGGAGUACUUUUCCAUUUUUCGAUCCCUUCUAUUACUUUCAAGAUUGUAAAAUUUGAUUUGUGAACUUAUGAGGUACUUCCUCAAUAAUGUGAAUAAGAAUGGUUCUCUGACGGAUGGAAUUUACUUUCA